GUUAUUUAAGGACCACAAGGCAGUGAAGUUACCAUCGAUUGCUAGUUAUCAGUCACAAUCAUUGCUGUUAUCUGAUGUAGUUCAGGACGAGAUGCACUGCCUGAGCCGAACCCCCAGGUCUUACCUGGUCAACUCUUACAGCGAUGUGAAAGAAGCUGACGAGAGCAAAAGGGAAUCAUAUGAAGCCACCUGGUUAGACCUGGUGAUGGAGACAAGACCAGAGUACAAAGAUACACUCAUUGAGAGAGACUCAGCACGAAAGGAGUCUUACGAACGAAAGCGUGUGCGUCAUUUCGUAGUACGUCGGUUCCUCAAUCAGACCUUUUGCACUGGUGAAGAUGGAACAAAGCUGCGUGAGUAUCAGCUACCGUAUAAAUCCGUGCUUCCACUGCAGAUGUUCGUGCCCAGGAAACUCAGCACUCCACCAGAGACACACAGAGAGCCGUCGCCUUCCUGUUUGCGCUCAGAUAGAGACUCUGAGAAGAGCUGGAGUCGGAAGAGAGUGCUGUGGUCUGGUGUGGAAGAUGUGAUAGAGCCGGAGAGCACAGAGUUCAGAGUGCGCACACUCGUGUCGCCGGCCAGGGACUUGGCGCGUGACUUCCAGCGGACAUGAAGAACAACAUGCAAUAACAGCUCCCUAUAGUGCACUACACUUAUUAUGCUACAGCACAGUUGAAUUCUCAAAUCUGAUUAAUCUUCUAUAACAGCAGCUCUGACAGUAGUUCCGGCUAAAAGACACAUCACAGGGAUAUAUUAAUGCGCUCGCUCUAAUACAUUAUCAUUUCUAUAGUAACAGCUUAUACAGGUACUUGGUUGGCGGAUGCUCCAUAAUAAUCAAAGUCUAAUACACCGAAAAUUUAAAAAGGUGCUGUUAUUUAACAAAGAAGGACAUAUAAUCAUUGAUAUAGUGAAGUUUUCUGUAAGGAGAAAAAAAAAGGAAGGAGUCUCUAGUGUCAGGGCUUUCUAACAGUCAGUAAGUUUUCCGAAAGAACAGAGGAUUUUGAGAGAGAGAAAAAAGAGAGGCUGGUGAGGGAAUAACGGUUUAUAGCUGCUAUAACGUAAGUGAACAGGAACUUGCUUUAAGGGCGUUCGAUAACUUUAACUAUAAACAUUGUAUAAAUACGAGGUGCCGUUCAUUAAUCAAUUUAAAACUGUCAUCUUUCGCAAAUCGCUGUGGUACAAGCAGAAUAGAACACUUCAUGAUGAGCUGUUAUAUUGCAUCGAUUCACGUAACAGCAACUCCCAACCCCCAAGGUUCUUUUAUUCCUUACAUAACCAUCUUAUAAAUUUUGCAUUAAUCUGGUGUUUCAGAUAUUGUGGGAAGGUUUUAUAAGGGACCUCAUUACAGUUAUAUAAAUAAUACAUAAACUAAUUAUACAAAAUUGUACAAACAUUUACUUAAGAUAAUAAUUUAUCAACCCUUUAAAUUGUUUGACCAAAUGAAAUGACAUCAGUUCUUUUAGCUUUUAUCUUAUAUCAAAAAAACUGCUGUUGUAAUGUGUUUGGUUUUAUUAUCUAUGUAUAUAGAUACAUUAUAAUGCAGUAAAUUGUAGUUUCUUUGUGUUGGGAUUGGUUUGCUUUCUACAAGACUAGACACAAAGAACAUCAUUCUGCAAGUCUGCAUAGAAAUGGUGGAUAUGAGGACAGGUUCGGGUGCCAGGAAUAAUGUUCCACUGAUUUAGGGUUUUCUAGAACGAAUAUAUGAAUGUCCUAGUUUACCAGAUACAGGAUGGUCAUGACUCCUGUGAGUGUAACAUCUGGAAUUUUCUUUCUGAUAUAGUUGUGGAUUUCAGAAAGCCAUAAUGUUGGCAGGAUGAAAGAACAGGGUUCACCCUAACCCCUGACCAAACAUUUCAGCCCCAAAUAUUCCCAAACAUACAUUCUUCUUUGGGGUCAUUUCAUUCUGAACCACUGCUGUACAGCACUUUUUUUUAUUUUUACAGUUGGGAUUCAGGUUUGGAAAUCAUUCACUGCCAUCUAGAGGAAAGGACUUGCAGUUACUGUACAUUGUAGCAUUGUUCCUAUAAAUACUGUUAUAAAUCCUAGUAUUAUUUUUUUAGCUAAUAAAAUAUUUUAAGGCUUCUCUUAAUCCAAAAGGCUUUUUGUGUCAUUUAUGAUUUAUGUUUGUGAUAUUACACUUUAGUAUAUAUUUUUAUAGCAUACAAUAAGGUUUAACUGCAAUAA